AUGGUGCGCGAGUGGGUCAACGCACCACCGGUCUGGAUGAGGGCGACAGAGGCGCAGGAGCGCGCCUACCUCGAGCAAUGGCGCCAGCGCCGGCUGCCCGAGGAGCGCCGCGAGGGCGAGUACCUCGAGCAGCUGGAGCGCGACGCCGAGGAGGAGCGCCACGAGGCCGAGGAGGAGGAGCGCCGUGCCCGUGGCGGGGCACCCCAGCCGGCAGUGGAUGACGUUGCCGCAGCCUGGGAGAUGGCGUUCCCUUGGGCUCGCCCGACGCUGAUGCUGAUCGACCUCAUCGGCCCCGACGACGACGAGGAGGAUAAUUUGCUGCUGUCGCCAGGCCAUUCAAAGAAGGAGCAGACCCAGAAAGCCGUCGAGGCACCACCUUCUCCUGUGGAGCAGACAACCUUCAAGUGGACAAUCGAUGGUUUCUCCUCACUCCUUGACUUGGAUAAAGGAUGGACAGCCUCCAGGGUGUUUGAGAUCAGUGGGCUCAGAUGGUACUUGAAACUGAACCCAAGGGACACCAAGAGUGGCGACCAAAAUGAAUAUGUUUCUCUUCGGCUUGAGCUGUCGCCAGCAUCCGUGAGAUCUGACACGGUCGUGGAGGCAACUUACAAGUUCUUUAUAUAUGACCAGUUAAACGGAAAGCACCAUGAACAACCUCAAGUGUGCCACAAUUUUCAGACUACAAGCACAAGGUCUGGGACAUCAUGCAUGAUCCCCCUCGCCACACUGAAGGAAAAGUCCUCUGGAUUCCUUGUCGAAAACAGCUGUGCUUUCGGUGUCGAGUUUAUCAAAGUUACUGCUGCUAAAACUAAUGAUGCGACAGAGAAGCUGUUUGUUCAGAAGAAGAUAAACAAAGUCUCGAGUAUUCCAGAAGUCUACACCUGGGACAUCGAGGACUUCUUUGCGCUCAAAAGCCCGAGCCACUCUCCAGAUUUUGACCUCCAUGGACACAAAUGGUUCAUCACCAUCGAUCCAUCUGGAUUCGAUAAGAAUGGAAACUUUAUCUCCUUGUCCUUGACCAUGAAGGUGACGGACACACUCCAUGAGAACUCCGCGAACCUGGUAGAAUUGGACAUACGCAUCAAAAACCAGGGAAGUGGCAAGUUUUGGAAAACGAUAGGCCGGUGCGAGUUCUCAAAGAAUGCUAAUAGAUGGGGAUGGGGCAAUUUCAUAUCACCGGAAGAUUUCAAGGACUCUUCAAAUGGUUAUCUCGUGGAAACGAAAUGCUGCAUUGAAGCUAAGGUUGCCGUUAUUGGUGCCUCCAAAAUGGAGUAG